GGAAUAAAGAGGGGGAAGGAGAGGAAGACCGGAAGCUUAUUGUAAAUAGUGAUAUCUCUGCUGAUCAUGGACAAUGACUUUGUGGAAAUCAAUCCCGUCCCUGCUGCUGUUGACACAUCAGUCCCUUUAUCAGAAUUCAUGGAAGAGGCAACGGAGCCACCAGACCCCUUCAAGUUAGAGGUGGUCUCUGUGACAGAGGAAGACCUCCCCCCUGUCGACACCCCGAACACCCUGAACGUCAGCCCCCUGGGAAGCUUUGCUGCCGAACCCCAGUCAGACAACAAUUUUGCGGAAUGUGAAAAACCCCAACAUAGAGCUGCACGCAGCCCGACUUUGCCGGUCACCAAGGUGCAGCCGUUUAUCAGUGAGGAGGAGACGGAGAAGAGCUGGAAGCGUGUACUGCUGGCCCAUCCAGUGUUGCUGCUGAUCACAUGCUGCGUCAUCCUGGUGGUGACCCUCGCUCUCUGCAUCGGCCUUGGAGUGGCUCUGAGAUGUACGGGGAAGUUUCAGUGUGGUUUGUCAUCGCAGUGCAUCAGCUUCUCCGCUCAGUGUGAUGGAGUAGUGCAGUGUCACAAUGGAGAGGACGAGUUGGGCUGCGUGCGUCUGAGUGGGAGGAGCUCAGUGCUGCAGAUCCAGAAAGAGGGAGUAUGGAGCACAGUCUGCUCAGAGGACUGGAACAAUUGGCUGGGGGUCUCUGCCUGCAAACAGCUGGGAUACUUAUGGUAUGUGGAGUCCUAUUUUGUCUUGCUAACCUCCAUUGAGGAGAACCUACAGCACAACCUAGUGUCAAUCAACCCAAGCCAGUCACAGAUCAUUAAGCUCCAGAAUGCUACAACCUUCAGUAAGACUCUCUGCAGCUCCGGGAUGGUGACAACACUGAAAUGUCUUGAGUGUGGCUCCAGGCCUCUUUACAGUAGCCGUAUUGUUGGAGGAAGCAUUUCAAUACCGGGUCAGUUCCCCUGGCAAGUCAGCCUCCACUAUAACAAAAAACAUGUGUGCGGAGGCUCCAUCAUAACAUCAAAAUGGAUCCUCACUGCAGCACAUUGUGUGUAUGGGUUUAUAGACCCCCCCAAGUGGUCUGUUCUUGUGGGGCUGACAGAGCAACCAGCCCAUGCGGCCCAGGACCUGGCUGUGCAGAACAUCAUAUACCACCCUCGCUACCAUCAUAAAGGACUGGAUUACGACGUUGCGCUGAUUAAGCUCAACACUUCGCUUGUUUUCAACGGCUAUGUGCAGCCCAUCUGCCUGCCCAACCAUAAGGAGGAGUUUGUGGAGGGGACUAUGUGCUGGAUCUCUGGCUGGGGAGCAACUAAGGAUGGUGGUGAGUCCAGUGUGUCACUGCGCUCAGCCAUGGUCACACUCAUCUCUGCUAAGACCUGCAACAGGCCAAAGGUUUACAACGGCCUAAUAUCCUCCCAGAUGAUCUGUGCCGGAUACCUGGAAGGUGGAAUCGACUCCUGUCAGGGAGACAGCGGAGGUCCGCUGGCGUGUGAGGCCUCAUCUAUAUGGAAACUGGUUGGAGCAACCAGCUGGGGAGAUGGCUGUGCUUUGAGGAACAAGCCGGGUGUUUAUACCUCCAUCACAGAGUCACUGAGCUGGAUCCGCCAACAGAUGGAGAAAUGGAGCUAAGGAGGCCAAACCCACGCUCCUGCUCUCUCUGCCUGUCUGCGGUCACCGCUUCAUUCCAGACUUUUGCUCAGCUGUGCUACAGUUGUAACAUUCCUCCCGCCUGACCUCAACCUGGUGUGGAACCGAUGAUCCAGCCAGGUGCAAUCAUAACUAGAAACCUUGGAGCAGCCACCAAUAAUAAAAACUAUGAAACUUAUUCUGAAAACUAAA